AUGAAGUUGAACAUUUCCUACCCAGUUAACGGUACCCAGAAGUGUAUCGAAGUCGAUGACGAACACCGUGUCCGUGUUUUCUACGACAAAAGAAUCGGUCAAGAGAUUGAAGGUGAAGCCAUUGGUGACGAAUUCAAGGGUUACGUCUUCAAGAUCUCCGGUGGUAACGACAAGCAAGGUUUCCCAAUGAAGCAAGGUGUUUUGUUGCCAACCAGAAUCAAGUUGCUCCUAGCCAAGGGCACUUCCUGUUACAGACCAAGACGUGUCGGUGAAAGAAAGAGAAAGUCCGUCAGAGGUGCCAUUGUUGGCCCAGAUCUAGCUGUCUUGUCCCUUGUCAUCGUCAAGAAGGGUGAACAAGAAUUCGAAGGUGUCACCAACGACACCGUCGCCAAGAGACUAGGUCCAAAGAGAGCCAACAACAUCAGAAAGUUCUUCGGUCUAUCCAAGGAGGACGAUGUUCGUGACUUCGUUGUCAGAAGAGAGGUCACCAAGGGUGAAAAGACCUACACCAAGGCUCCAAAGAUCCAAAGAUUGGUUACUCCACAAAGAUUGACAAAGAAAGAGAUUCCAAAGAUCUUGAAGGUCAAGAACGCUCAAGCUACAAAGAGAAGACUGCUGACCGACUACGCCCAAUUGUUGGCCAAGAGAUUGGCUGAGAAGAAGGCUGAAAAGGCUGAGAUCAGAAAGAGAAGAGCUUCUUCUUUGAAGGCUUAA